GUUUCCGAGCGCUUCCACCUCCGUGGUCGAGGUGGUGUGGACGUCGAUGCCCACUACGCCUUCGAUCGCAGCCGUAGGCGCGUUGUUAACCACGCCGACGUGUCCUUAUCCCCUCCAUCGAGUGAGGAGGAGACGUCGAGGGUCUCUUUCUCCAAUCGAUCUUCUGCAUCUGGGCGUAUGUUAGACCACUGGCGGCGCCACCCACGCAAGCGGACCGCUGCCCCGCCAUCCUUCUACUCCAAGUAUUUUGACUUUGAGAGUAAAGAGGGUGCUGACGACGAUUUACGAGUCAACCAGAAGGAGGAGGAGGAAGAGGACCAUCAGUGGCAGUCCACUUUUCGCUAUCGGGCCACAGCAGGCGCCAGCAGCAGCAGCAGCACCAGGGGAUAUCGUAGGCGAGAUCGUGAAGCUCCGACGCCAGUCUCUUUUGCCUCUGAUGAUGCUGAUGACUUCUAUUACACAAAGGAAGCUCGCUAUCAGCCGUCCGAGUCUUUUCAACCCCCUCCU